AUGGUGCUGACACUGACCCAACUGGUGCUGACGGCGCUGACACUGACCCAACUGGUGCUGACGGCGCUGACACUGACCCAACUGGUGCUGACGGUGCUGACACUGACCCAACUGGUGCUGACGGCGCUGACACUGACCCAACUGGUGCUGACGGCGCUGACACUGACCCAACUGGUGCUGACGGCGCUGACACUGAUCCAACUGGUGCUGACGGCGCUGACACUGACCCAACUGGUGCUGACGGCGCUGACACUGACCCAACUGGUGCUGACGGCGCUGACACUGACCCAACUGGUGCUGACGGCGCUGACACUGACCCAACUGGUGCUGACGGCGCUGACACUGACCCAACUGGUGCUGACGGCGCUGACACUGACCCAACUGGUGCUGACGGCGCUGACACUGAUCCAACUGGUGCUGACGGCGCUGACACUGAUCCAACUGGUGCUGACGGUGCUGACACUGAUCCAACUGGUGCUGACGGUGCUGACACUGACCCAACUGGUGCUGACGGCGCUGACACUGACCCAACUGGUGCUGACGGCGCUGACACUGACCCAACUGGUGCUGACGGUGCUGACACUGACCCAACUGGUGCUGACGGUGCUGACACUGACCCAACUGGUGCUGACGGCGCUGACACUGACCCAACUGGUGCUGACGGCGCUGACACUGACCCAACUGGUGCUGACGGCGCUGACACUGACCCAACUGGUGCUGACGGCGCUGACACUGACCCAUCUGGUGCUGACGGCGCUGACACUGACCCAACUGGUGCUGACGGCGCUGACACUGACCCAACUGGUGCUGACGGCGCUGACACUGACCCAACUGGUGCUGACGGCGCUGACACUGACCCAACUGGUGCUGACGGUGCUGACACUGACCCAACUGGUGCUGACGGCGCUGACACUGACCCAACUGGUGCUGACGGCGCUGACACUGACCCAACUGGUGCUGACGGUGCUGACACUGACCCAACUGGUGCUGAGGCCACUAACACUGACCCAACUGGUGCUGACGGUGCUGACACUGACCCAACUGGUGCUGACGGUGCUGACACUGACCCAACUGGUGCACCUGUCCAGGCCACCUGUCCAGGGCCACCUGUCCUGGCCACCUGUCCAGGGCCACCUGUCCAGGGCCACCUGUCCAGGGCCACCUGUCCUGGCCACCUGUCCAGGGCCACCUGUCCGGGCCACCUGUCCAGGCCACCUGUCCUGGGCCACCUGUCCUGGCCACCUGUCCAGGGCCACCUGUCCGGGCCACCUGUCCAGGCCACCUGUCCAGGGCCACCUGUCCGGGCCACCUGUCCAGGGCCACCUGUCCGGGCCACCUGUGGCUCAUAUACUAAAAGUGACCUUCGAUAAAAUCUCAUAUGAAAUAGAAAAAACAUAUCUGCGUUCCGUGGUUGCUGUAUUAUAUUGUAUUUUGUUGACCUUCCCUCCCUCUCGCUCCUCCUCGUGUCCAUCAUGCCCUCAUACUGCCCAGAGAGACACUUUCUGA